AUGGGGUUCACAUGCUACAUUUUCCAAGAUCGAGAGACCCUUAUAAAGCUGUUCAAGCACAAGGCUCUUGCUAGUGCGAUCGACAUGUAUGGAUAUAGCAAUAACAAUAUCCUUGGUUGCUCUAAAGAGUCCUCAAAAGUCUAUCGUGCUGAUAACUCGGGCCCGUUUCCGCAACCCCACCCAAAGAGCAACAUUCUUCCUGAAAAUCGUGUUGACUCUAUUACCCACUCUCUCGCAUUCCGCGGCUUUACCGGCCCUGGAAUGCAGCCGGCAACUCGGAGGUUUACAAGGGAUGUACCUUUGAGACUUGAAGCUCAAGGAAUCUCUACAGAGUGGAAAGAGAUGCCCGACUUUGCUCAGUUCUUCAAGGAUAGCAUCGGUCCCUCAUCUAUCCAAUGCAUUUUUGGCCCUACGCUACUGCGUUUACAUCCAACUUUUGUUGAGGAUAUUUUCAAGUUUGACAAGAUAAUGCCUAAGUUUACGCCGGGGUUCCCAAGAUUUAUGUUGCCUGAGCAGCACCGCUUCAGGGAUUCGAUCGCUGAGAAGAUCAAGAGUUGGUACAAGUACGCGCGGGAACAUUUCGACCCGUCGAUGAUCGAGGCCGAUGGAGAUGGAGACCCGAUUUGGGGAUCUGCCAUGAUUCGGAACCGUCAAGAACAUCUUCUGAAAGCUGAAAAACACGAUGACGACGUACUGGCCCAUCUUGACCUAGGAUUGGCCUGGGCUACAAUAGGUAAUCUGGUCAUCUCCUGCAUGUUUGGGGCCUACCACAUCUUGCAGGACAAAAAUCUCCUAAAACAAGUUCGACAUGAAUUACGAGAAUAUCUUGAUGGUCGGUCUGUGCACGAAGUUGAUCCUCACCAGAUGGGCAGAGAGAUACCACUCCUUGCCUCUAUUUAUGCGGAGACGAUGCGCGUUCACAUCAAAAUUUACUCGGCAUAUAGCUCUCCACAUGAAGACGUUGACCUGGGCCGAUGGACGCUUCCCAAAGGAGCCCUCGCUUUAGUGAACUCGGCACCCUCUCACAUGGACAAGACGUUCUGGAACACCAAAAAUGGUCAAUAUCCUGUAGAGACAUUUUGGGCCGAACGUUUUAUCGUUGACCCGGCUGAUCCCCAGAGUGGACCAAUUGAUCCCGAGUAUCGUAAAACCCUGAACAUCCCCGAGAAGAAGCGGGAUAAUAUGAAGCCAUACUUUUCUUUGGAUGGCUGUGAGGGUGUUUGGAUUCCCUACGGCGGUGGUUUUUCUAUGUGCCCCGGUCGCUUUAUCGCCAAGGCUUUCUUCGUCUUUUCUGCAAGUCUUUUGGCGGACGAGUACGAGGUCGACUUUCAUAAUGAUUUGCUUGAGAUAUCCAGUUAUAGAUAUGGGAUGGGGGUAGAUGAUGUUAGUAAACCUAUUCCCUUCCGCAUUAAGAAAAGGGAAGUUUUAGCUUAA